AUGCUGGCGGCGAUAGCACAGGCCUGGCAGACCAAGAUCCGGGAAUCCAAUUGCCAGGACUUGGCCAACGUGUUGCGAUCGAUGGCAACCGCUGCGGCAUCGCUUCCUGCGGAGAUGCUCGCGCCGGCAGCGGAGGCGACGGCUCUUCGCCUGCACGGCUUCGAAUCCCAGGGUCUGGCCAACAUUUCCUGGUCCUCGGGUGUGUCGGAGUCCCGGGGCGUGUCGCCAAUGCAUGCUGCGUCCGCCGUGGUCAGCCUCAAGGCGACUUCUUUCUCUUCGCAGGAGCUCUGUAACGCAAUCUGGGCCUUCGCCACCGCGAAAGUUGCGGAGGGGGAGCCCUUCUUCCAGGCGGUCGGAGAUGCCGCCUACCCGCGCUUGUUCCAGCUUUUGCCCGUGGACUUGGCCAACGCAGCCCGAGCACCCGCGACGGUCGAGCCUCGCAGCCAGGCGUCGGCCGCUGCGGCCAAGGAAGUUGCUGAGCAGAGGUUUGGAGUUUGGUGUGCUGCUGCUCAGCGGCCGGAGGACCAAAAGACUGCCGUGGUGAAUGUCCUCUCCGUCGUGGAGGCACUGGGAAGGCUGGAUCUCAAGGAGUCUCUUGUGUCCGCUGCGUCGGCGGCUCUCUGCGACCGAGCGCAACGCUUGGACCAAAGCUACCAGGAGCAGCCUGUGCUGGAGGAGCUUCGCGUGACGACGGCAGAGCUGGCUCUCGAUUCUGUGACGGAGCCCAGAGUCUUGGAGAGCCUUCCAGGCCUUUGCGUGCUGUGGAAGCCUCCGGGCUGGUCGGCGGCGCUGGAAGAUCCGAAGUCGGAGUCAGACAAAGACUUCGCACUGAGACGUUGGCUCCAGCGCCACUUCGGCAAGUCCUCGCCAAUCGUCUAUGACGAAGGCGAGACAUAUGGACUCGUGCAUCGGCUGGACCGUUUUACGUCUGGCCCAUUGCUUUGGGCUCCGUGCUACCGUGGCCUCUUUGAGGCGAGGCUUCAGUUUGCAGCUCGCCAGGUUUGCAAGGAGUACCUUUGUAUCGGCCGAGGCUGGCUUCAGCUGAGCUCCGGGCCUCUUCACUUGAAGGCUCCUUUGAAAGAGGAGAUUGCGAUUGAUGGGGAGCUGCGGCUGGCCAGAAGCCGGGUGAACCCCAUCUCCGGGAAAUGGGCCCACACAGAGGUUUCGGAGGCAGUUCUUCUCAGUGGUCCGGACAGGGAGCCUUACACGCUCAUGAAGGUGCGCCUUCACACAGGACGAACGCAUCAAAUACGCUGCCACCUGAGCCACGAGGGGCACCCCCUCCUGGGUGAUCCAGUCUACGGCGGCCCAACGCCGGGCUGGUCUUCGAGGCACUGGCUUCACGCCUGGAGGCUGCAGCUUCGAAUCAGCUCCGGAAAAGUCGACCUCCAGGUGCCGGUGCCGGUGGAUCUUCAGGAAACCCUCCGAAGGCUUGCUCCUGCAAGCUUACAGGAAGCCUACAAGUCCCGGCCCUGGCUUCCGCAGACUCCGGGAAAGAGUCCUUCUCAAAAUUCGGAAGGGACUAGGACGAGAAGGAAGGUGCUGGGUUGA